UCCGAAAGCGGCGGGGGCGCGUUGCUGGCCGAGCCCCCAGCCCAACAACAAAGGAGAAGGCGGCGGGAGGAGGAUGUCGCGGCCGGGCCGCUGAGCAGCGGGGGCUGCUCGGGGCUCGGGAUCUAAAGUUGGCGACUGAGUCGAGAAUUGAGCUGCAAAGGAGCAAAGCGGCGGCCAGAGCCAUGUUCCCCCAGAGCCGGCAUCCUACACCGCACCAGGCUGCAGGUCAGCCUUUUAAAUUCACUAUUCCAGAGUCUCUGGAUCGGAUCAAAGAGGAGUUUCAGUUCCUCCAAGCUCAGUAUCACAGCCUUAAAUUGGAAUGUGAGAAACUGGCAAGUGAAAAGACAGAAAUGCAGAGGCACUAUGUGAUGUAUUAUGAAAUGUCCUAUGGAUUAAACAUUGAAAUGCAUAAACAGACAGAAAUUGCCAAGAGAUUGAAUACUAUUUGUGCACAAGUCAUCCCGUUUUUGUCUCAGGAACAUCAGCAGCAAGUGGCCCAAGCAGUAGAACGUGCCAAACAAGUGACCAUGGCUGAACUAAAUGCCAUCAUCGGGGUACGUGGCCUUCCAGGUCUACCUCCUACAAGUAAUUCUCUGUUGGUACCGGACAGUCUGCGAAACACGGAUAAGCGCAGGAAUGGUCCUGAAUAUUCCAAUGACGUCAAAAAAAGAAAGGUGGACGAUAAGGAUUCUAGCCACUAUGACAGCGAUGGGGACAAGAGUGACGAUAACUUGGUUGUGGAUGUAUCCAAUGAGGAUCCUUCAUCACCACGGGGAAGUCCGGCACACUCGCCACGUGAGAAUGGCAUAGAUAAAAACCGUCUGCUGAAAAAAGAUGCCUCUAGCAGUCCAGCAUCCACAGCCUCCUCAGGAAGUUCCACUUCCUUGAAAUCCAAAGAAAUGAGUUUGCAUGAAAAAGCCAGCACGCCUGUUCUGAAAUCCAGCACACCGACUCCUCGAAGUGAUGUGCCAACUCCGGGCACUAGUGCUACUCCAGGACUUCGUCCAGGCCUUGGCAAACCUCCAACAAUGGACCCUCUAGUUAACCAAGCUGCUGCUGGUUUGAGGACACCCUUGGCGGUGUCAGGACCAUACCCUACUCCAUUUGGAAUGGUGCCUCAUGCUGGCAUGAACGGAGAGUUGACCAGUCCAGGGGCAGCUUAUGCCAGUCUGCACAAUAUGUCCCCGCAGAUGAGUGCUGCUGCAGCUGCAGCCGCCGUGGUUGCCUAUGGACGAUCUCCUAUGGUUGGAUUUGAUCCUACUCCUCACAUGAGAGUACCUGGAAUCCCUCCAAAUCUAGCAGGAAUCCCUGGGGGGAAACCAGCAUACUCCUUUCACGUUACUGCAGAUGGUCAGAUGCAGCCUGUACCUUUCCCUCCUGAUGCCCUCAUUGGACCAGGAAUCCCUCGCCAUGCUCGUCAGAUCAAUACUCUGAAUCAUGGGGAAGUAGUGUGUGCAGUUACCAUCAGCAACCCCACAAGACACGUGUACACUGGGGGAAAGGGAUGUGUCAAAGUCUGGGAUAUUAGCCAACCUGGCAACAAGAGCCCUGUCUCUCAGCUGGACUGCCUGAAUAGAGAUAACUACAUCCGCUCCUGUAAAUUGCUGCCUGAUGGAUGCACCCUCAUAGUUGGUGGGGAAGCCAGCACAUUAUCCAUAUGGGACCUGGCUGCACCAACUCCUCGUAUAAAAGCAGAGCUGACAUCUUCUGCCCCAGCCUGCUACGCCCUGGCUAUCAGCCCAGAUUCCAAGGUCUGCUUUUCCUGCUGUAGUGAUGGGAACAUUGCAGUAUGGGAUCUGCACAAUCAGACGUUGGUCAGGCAAUUCCAGGGCCACACAGAUGGAGCCAGCUGUAUUGACAUUUCUAAUGAUGGUACCAAGCUCUGGACAGGAGGUUUGGACAACACCGUCAGAUCCUGGGACUUGAGAGAAGGGAGACAGCUACAACAGCAUGACUUCACAUCACAGAUCUUUUCCCUUGGAUAUUGCCCUACUGGUGAAUGGCUAGCUGUGGGGAUGGAGAGCAGCAAUGUGGAAGUACUACAUGUAAAUAAACCAGACAAGUAUCAACUACAUCUUCAUGAGAGCUGUGUGUUGUCACUUAAGUUUGCUUACUGUGGUAAAUGGUUUGUGAGUACUGGAAAAGAUAACCUUCUUAAUGCUUGGCGGACCCCCUAUGGAGCCAGUAUAUUCCAGUCCAAAGAAUCCUCAUCAGUGCUUAGUUGUGACAUCUCUGUGGAUGAUAAAUAUAUAGUCACUGGCUCUGGAGACAAGAAAGCUACAGUCUAUGAAGUCAUCUACUGAAAAAUGUGAUGGGGACAUAACUUAUAGAGUUGAACUGGGCCAAAUGUUCUUAAUUUGUAGAAGUAGAGAGGUUUUACCUUUUUUAAAAAGGAAGAAAAUAUCAAUUUCUAGGCCUUGACAUGAAACAACUCCAAGUAUACAAAAUAAAAUAGAAGGCAACAUCCAGCAACUACGUAUCAGCUACCUGGACCAAAUGAAACACGGAGGCAAGAUGGACAGAUGUAGCCUAGGUUUGGAGGAUUUAAAAAAACUGAGUUUGCUGAUGAAUGUUGAAGCCUUUUAUUUUUCUUUCUUUCUUUGUGACCUCAUGCAGAUCUUUCUCAUUGCCUGAAUAUGUGGGAUUACCUUUCUUUUCUUUGCAGUUCAACUUGCAUUCUGUCCUGUGUAGAGCGGUGGUGUCUCAGAUGAACUUGUUUUCUGGUUUUGCAUCUUGUGAUAUGUUUUUUUGUAUUUUUGUUGAAGGUCAAACGUUUGUAUAAAUUGUAAAUAUAUUUGGUUUAUUACAGUAAAGGCUUUAGUACCAACAGU